CUGAGGUAGUAGAGCUACAGGUGACAGCACUAGCGUCUGCACAACAGGAGAAAAUCAUAGGUCUUCUUGUGUCUUUGGAGAAAUUAGCUGGAGUCUAGAAAGUCUAGACGUAUUAUCCCUGUAGCGAUGGAUAUUGAUGAUGAAGAUGAUGACUGGAAUAUUGGUACAGAUAUGCUCGUCAUGGGUAAGAACUUAGGGUCCAGUGACACCCCUGUCAGCGAAGCCUCAUCCUCCCGAGUUAUCUUGCAUUUUGACUUGGACUGUUUUUACGCACAAGUGGAAAUGAUUCGAAACCCUGCACUACGAAACAAACCUUUAGGCAUUCAACAAAAGUACAUCAUUGUCACUUGUAACUAUGUGGCAAGAGAUCUCGGUUUGACAAAACUGAUGUCAGUGACAGAUGCUCUAGAAAAGUGCCCUCAGCUGGUGUUGGUCAAAGGCGAGGAUCUCACUCACUACAGAGAGAUGUCUUACAAAGUAACAGAGCUUCUGAUGUCAUAUUACCCACUGGUGCAGAGACUUGGCUUUGAUGAGAACUUCCUGGAUGUGACCGAGAUGGUGGACACCAAGGUGAAGCAAGCUCCAUCCACAGAUUUAACCUUCAGUGGUCAUAUUUACAACGAGGAAUCCCUUGCAGUAUAUGCGAGUGACUACCCCCGACUAGCCAUUGGGUCUCAUAUUGCUGCUGAAUUGAGAGAGGCCAUCAAGAGCAACCUUGGGCUCACUUCCUGUGCAGGAGUUGCAACAAAUAAGUUGCUUGCCAAGCUGGUGUCAGGCACCUUCAAGCCAAACCAGCAGACCAUUCUUCUGCCAGAGAGCACUGCAGACAUAAUGGGAAGCUUAAGUGGACUGCGUAAAGUGCCUGGCAUAGGACACAGGACAGGUGAGAGGCUGAAGGCUCUUGGACUUAUCACAGUGAGAGACCUGCAGUGCAUCCCUCCAGCUGAGCUAGCCAGGGAGUUUGGAGCUGCCAGUGCUCAGCACCUGCAGAACCUGGCCCAAGGGAUCGAUAACUCCCCUAUCACCCCUGCUGGACCUCCACAGUCACUUAGUGAUGAAGACUCCUUCAAAAAGAUGUCCUUAACAACAGAGGUUCUCAAAAAAAUUGAGGACCUCUUGAUAAGCCUCAUGGAGAGAAUGUUUAAAGAUGGAAGGCAGCCGUCCACCUUCCGCCUGACAAUCAGACGCUUUUUGGCAACAAACCGCUAUUUCAGCCGCGAGAGUAGACAGUGCCCCAUACCCAAUCACAUCGGACAGAAGAUCACAACAGGAAGUUGCGAUGCACUAGCCCAGCUGGUCAACAUUGCCAUGAAGCUGUUUCACAAAAUGAUUGACACCAACUCCCCCUUUCACCUCACACUGAUAAACGUGUGCUUCAGCAACCUGCAGUCAAAGAGUGAUGGCAGAGGCUCCAUAACAUCCUUCUUCACACAGAGGUCACCCAAAAAAGUGCUGUCCGUGUCUCAGCAACAGAAUUCCACCCUGGAGAAUCUGAGUGUUAAAGGAUCUAGCAGCAGUCUUCCUGGCGACUGCACUGCCUUUGCGAAUGACUCGUCUGGCAAGAGGGACUCUCAGAGCACAUCAUCCAAACCAUCAGAGCAAAAGAAGCCUCCACCGCUGAGGCACAUUGGGACUCCUCUGUCUGUAAAAUCGCCAGUGCCUGAGUGGACCCAGGUGCCAGUUAAUUCAAAUGAGCACCACAGACCCAGUCCCUCACAGGACCCAGAGUUCCUGCACCUGCCCCCUGAUGUUGACCCAGACGUGUUCAAACACCUCCCAGAGAGCAUCCAGAAGGAGCUUCUGUCUGGUUUCUAUGCAGGAGAACAUGAGGACAGGCAGGGAACUAGUAGUCAGUCAGCCGCCGUUAUUUCCUUUCAUCAGAAACUGACUGAUCAGACUGAACCACCCUUGCAGCAGUCAAGCAUGCCAACAGACUCCAUCGGCUCGGGUAAUGGCAGUGAGUGCGUCAAACAGACCACUGAGCAAACAUUUUUCUUUGCACACAGAGAAAGACUAAGCACAUGCACUGAGCAGGAGGAAGGCAACAACAGGUCGCCUGACACGGACUACCCCUCAAACGUAGACCCCACUGUGUUUUCUGAGCUGCCCCCAGAGCUGCAGCGAGAACUGCUGUCAGAGUGGAGGCAGCAGAAGCCAGUGCUGAAGAUCCCCUCAAAGAAGGUGGGGAAGACUGCCUCCACCAAAGACAAAAAAGUCGCCACGAAAGCUGGUCAGGCAAACAACUUGCUGAAUUACUUUAAACCUGACUAGAUCUCAUUCAGCAUCUCACUUUUGAUCUAAUGUUCAUUUAUGCUUUGAUGUUGCAUUUGUUUAUGUAUAGUUCCUCUUUCUUUGUAUGUUCUAUUUACAUAAGUGAUGUAUAACUAUUUUUAUCUUUUAUUUGUGAAUAAAAUAAUCAUAUAUUUGUAUAUUAUGGUUAGGUUUAAGAGGGUCUGUCUGUGGUCAAUCUUUUUUUAAAUGGUCAUUCGAACAUGACAGAUCAUGAACUUGACUAUUUUAAUG